AUGGAGGUGUCGUGUCGGCCAGCAAUCCUCAGAGGUCCCGUCGCGUCGUCCCUGUCACCGGUAGCUCUACAUGUGACGUCACCAUCAUUCUUCCCCUCAUAUUCCGCGACUACCUCUCUUCACACUCCUCCAUUCUUAGGUGCUGGUGUCUCCUGUAACCCACGUAUGCAGGCAUUGGGUGUCUCUUCCGCUGCGCCUUGCGCUGCGACUCUUAGCAUCGCUCAGUCAGAUUUCAACGGCUUGCGCCUUCUUCCAAGAGGCUCCAAUGCAAUCACUCCCCCUGCCGCCUCUCACUCGAGAAAUCGCCUUCCGCGAUGGCGACGUGGUGACGCGACUGCGGAGGAGAAUUACCGCGAAGCAGCUCGUUUGAGGGACGCGAUUCGGGAGGUGAAAGCGCGGGAUCCGGUGCGGCGACUGCAACAGCAGCUGGAAGCCGCGAUCGCCGGAGAGCGGUACAAGGAGGCGGCGGCGCUCAAGGAGGAGCUUGCGCGGAUCGCCCCGCCCCCGCCUCCCCCGCCUCCCCCGCCCGCCCUCCCCGCUUCCUCCUGCACCAGCGACACUCUCACCGAGGUGCGUUUUCCCAUGCUUCACCGUCUUCCCACUGAACUGAGGUGGGGAAGACUUUUGAGGCGCCUCAAAAGUGCACUCUCACCGAGUGUAUACGUGCGGCAUCGCAGCGACCCCGACCGCUCGCACUUCUUCUUUGCGUACCGCGUGCGCAUCACCAACGAGGGAUCCCGCGUCGUGCGCCUCGUCAGCCGCCACUGGCUCAUCACCAACGGCAAGGGGCGCGUGGAGCACGUCAGGGGGUCUGGAGUGGUGGGGCAGCAGCCAGUGCUGCCACCAGGGGCAUCAUUCGAGUACACGUCUGUCUGCCCUCUAGACACGCGCAAGGGAGCCAUGGAGGGCGAGUUUGAGAUGGUGGACGUUGCAACAUCAGCUGCUUUUGAAGUCAAGAUAGGCGCGUUCGCCCUUGACGUGGAUCAGGAUGGCUUCUGA